AUGGCCCGAAUCCAGCACCGACCGACUAUACCACUCCUUAAAGUUUAUCCGCCAGAUGGCCAGUCUAACUGCGCAAAGGCUUAUGGCGAUGAUCACUUAACCUUAGUCCUGCGACCUGAUCGUACUGAAUAUGAAGAUAAUCCUGCUAUUCACUACGGCUUGAUCGCUUCGUCGAAUCGGUUAAUGAAGGAUGCUGUGCCACGAGAUGCGCUUGCGGCGAAGAAGGAUGUUCUCUGCUUCGAGAUAGAGGCAGCUGGGCUAAUAAACCACUUCCCGUGUCUGGUGAUCCGCGGGAUAUGCGACUACUCCGACUUGCACAAGAACAAGGAGUGGCAGGGCUUUGCGGCAAUAAUAGCGGCGGCAUAUACUAAAGAUCUCCUACACUAG